AUGAACCGUCAACGAAAGGUGGAAUCAGCGGUUAUUCGUAGCACCGUUUCUAGCGACAUGCCUAGUAUGGAGAAGCCAAGGACUCUUGCUGUCAUUCAAGAGGCCAAGGACCGGGAUGAGAAUCACAAGUUAAACUCAAAAAAACGUGCUAGAACAGAGGAGUGUUAUGAGAACUCCCCAUCAUCAUCGUCCUCUGACACGUCUAACCCACAACAACAACAACAAGUCACGCAUUCUUCGACACCCAUCAUGCCACGUGAUCGACUCCGAACCAUGGUGAGACACUUUGACUCCAAGGACAAGAGCGAAUUCGCCUGGCGAAUCCACAAACAUAAAAAAAAGAAGCACCAAACCGAGUACUGGUACGACUUUGAACCACCUGAAAAAUUCUGCUCGAACAAUGCCUUUGUCCCCAUUGAAUACAAUUCACAAAUACCGUCGAAUACCAAAAAGAACCAAAUCAAAAAGAAGACCACUUCAGAAGUGUUGAAGAAAGGUGUCCAAGGAAUUCAUUUUGCCAUUGGAUGGGAGGAACUCUUUGGCCUGAUAUUGGAUUGUGGAAUAUUUGGCAACGAUCCAUUCUUUCAAGGAGAAUCGAGGCUUGAUCCAGUUCACAGCGAUAAACUUCCAGAGCUGAUUGGGUUCCGACCAGCUCGUUUGGAUUUGUCGGGUACCAACAACAAUCUUAGUCGCACCACCGUGGGACACAUCCUUGCAAGCGAAACAAGGAAGCAACCUCGCAAGGCCACUCGGGGAAUCAAAUACACUACUGCACCAAGUCCCAAAAAAUCAUUGUCAAAGCGCAGGGCAGGUCGGGAUCCGUCAUCCUGCGGCGAGUGGAUUCCCACCACGGUCCAAGGCAACGCGAGAUCCUCCUUGAGCCAUGCCAAAAAGAAGGCGAAAUCUGACAAGAAUAGCAAACAGCCAGUCGAGAAAGAUUCAUUGUCGCUUGAAGAAGAAUCAGAAGAGGAUCUCAUUGUUCCUCCGAAGAUUACUGCUAGGAAAAGCGCCAAGUGUUCGGCGCCCAGUAUAGAUUUCAACACGGUAGCGAUCCCCAGCAAACAACGACGCCAAAAACGACAAGAAUCGAUCCUGGAUUCCGCUGGGGAAGAAGAUCCAGUCGGAGGCAAAGACAAUGCUGCCAAUCAUGCGGACGUCAAGACCAAUCAAAAUGAAGUAGAGUCUCACAAAUAUGAUGAUUGGCGACCAUCCACUCCACCGACACCCCCAGUGCAAUAUUGGCUAGAGCUUUAUGGGCAGCACGAUAUAUAA